GCGACUCGGUGCGAGGAGACCGGGACUCUGCGCGCGCCCGCCCGCCCCUGCGCUCCCACCCCGGCGAGCGAGGCGCCGCGCCCUCCUGCUGCUCUGCCCGGUGCAUGGAGGGGCGCGUUCGGAUCGCAGCCGCCGCCGCCGCCGCCGUAGCCGCCGCAGCCGCCGCCCGCGAGCGGGGGAUGACCUGGGGGUGGCUUUCGGAGCCGGCUGCCGCGCAAGAGGUCCGGGGGCUCAGCCAGCCGCGCUGAGAGGGCUGAUUAGGACAUGGCUUCUAGAAAAGAGAGCAGUUAGAUUCUCUUUUGGCUUACUGGAAUGUUUUUAAGCAUUGCAUCAGUAGUUUAAGAAACUCAUAAUCCCCAGAAAACAUUGCUGAAUUUCUCUCAGUUCACAGAUUCUGUGUCCAGUCCUGGCCAGGCAGGAAUGUGGGGGAGAAUUUGAUGACAAUAAUAAUUGCCCUUUGUAUCCCUAGCCCAACAUAGUACCUGUUCAUAUCAUAGAUAAGGCCUGAGUUUUGCUCUGGAAGUCUGGCCUGCUCUGCCAUCUGGCGCUAUGCAUCCAGAUCUUGGGCCCUUACACAUACUGCUGUUUGUGAUGCUGAUGAGUCUGUGCUCCUCUGUGCAUUCAGAUUUGGCACCUUACUUCAUUUCUGAGCCGCUGUCUGCUGUCCAGAAACUUGGUGGAACUGUAGUAUUACAUUGUUCUGCUAGACCUGUGACUGCUCAUAUCUCAUGGCUGCAUAACGGGAAAAGAUUGGAUAGAAACAUGGAACAGAUUAAGAUUCAUCAGGGGACUUUGACUGUUCUCUCUCUUAACUCCUCUUUCUCGGGUUCCUACCAAUGCAUUGCUAACAAUAGCAUCGGAGCAAUUGUGAGUGGCCCUGCAAUAAUAUCCACUGCAGUUCUUGGUGAUUUUGAUUCAUCAGCAAAGCAUGUUAUUAUAGCAGAAGAAAAAGAUUCUGGCAUCAUUGACUGCAAGGUACCAGACAGUAACCCCAAAGCUGAGGUGCGCUAUAAAAUCCGGGGAAAGUGGCUGAAACAUUCCACAGAGAAUUACUUAAUCCUUCCAUCAGGAAAUCUUCAUAUUUUGAAUGUAUCCUCAGAGGACAAGGGAUCAUAUAAAUGUGCAGCUUUUAAUCCUGUCACACAUGAAUUAAAAAUUGAGCCCAUUGGCCGAAAGCUUCUUGUGAGUCGCCCUUCUUCAGAUAAUUUUCACAUACUUCACCCUACCCGUUCACAGGCAUUAGCUGUUCUUUCUCACAGUGCUGUUACCCUGGAGUGUGUGGUGAGUGGGGUUCCAGACUCUCAAGUAUACUGGCUGAAGGAUGGUCAGGAUGCAUUGCUGGGAAGUAACUGGAGAAGACUGUAUUCUCAUCUUGCCAUAGACAGCGUUAACCCAAUGGACUCUGGAAACUACUCCUGUAUGGUGGGAAACAAGUCUGGAGACAUAAAGCAUGUGACUUACAUGGUUAAUGUGCUUGAACAUGCUUCAAUUUCUAAAGGACUGCAGGACCAGACAGUGUCUCUGGGUGCCACAGCACAAUUUAUUUGUGAUGUUCAUGGGAACCCAGCCCCCAACAGGACCUGGUUUCAUAAUGCACAACCUAUUCAUCCUUCUCCCCGACAUCUAACCACAGGAAACAGUCUGAAAAUCAGUGGUGUUACCCUGGAAGAUUCUGGGUUAUACCAGUGUGUAGCAGAUAAUGGGAUUGGAUCUGUGCAGUCUACGGGGAGGCUUGACAUCAAAGAAGGCAGCAGACUGAAGCCAGUUAUAAUUACAGCACCAUCAAGUACAAAAGUGGUAGAUGGAGACUUUGUUACUUUGUCCUGCAAUGCCUCUGGAAUGCCAGUUCCAGUCAUCCGUUGGUAUGACAGGCAUGGACUGAUAACCAGCCAUCCAUCUCAAGUCCUUCGAUCAAAAUCUCGGAAAUCACACAUGUUAAGACCUGUGGGCUUUGAUCUGGAGCCUGCCUAUUUCAUCAUGUCCCGAGCCGGCUCAAGCUCUCUGUAUAUCCAGUCUGUUAGUCAGGAACAUGCUGGCAUGUACACCUGUGAAGCUACCAAUGAACAUGGCACCACACUGGCAGAAGCCGUCCUCACAGUUGUUCCUUUUGAAACAAAUACGAAAGCAGAAGCAGUCACACAUUCUGAUGCUACUCAGUAUGCGAAAGGAGAGGGUUCAGAAACCGAACCAUUGAGCUCCUUUCCAGCAAAGGAACAUGCCAGUGCACUGGAGUCUUCAUCAGAGAAAAAUGCUGGUGGCACCUCUGUCCCCGAUGCCCCUAUCAUCUUGAGUCCACCACAGACCCACAUGCCAGAUACCUACAGUCUCAUGUGGAGGGCAGGGAAGGAUGGCGGGCUGCCCAUCAAUGCCUAUUUUGUGAAAUACCGAAAGCUGGAUGAUGGUGCUGGUAUGGUAGGAAGCUGGCACACAGUUCGAGUCCCAGGAAGUGAAAACGAGCUUCAUUUAACAGAACUGGAGCCAUCUAGUCUGUAUGAAGUUUUGAUGGUAGCCAGAAGUGCAGCAGGUGAAGGCCAGCCCGCCAUGCUUACCUUCCGAACCAGCAAAGAGAAAACAGCAUCAUCAAAAAAUACCCAGGCAUCCUCUCCACCCAUGGGCAUCCCUAAGCGACCUGUUGUCUCAGAGACUGCAGACAACUUUGGAGUGGUCCUCACAGAUUCCUCCAGACACAGUGGAGUUCCAGAGGCACCAGACCGGCCUACUAUUUCUGCUGCUUCGGAGACAUCUGUCUACGUCACCUGGAUUCCUAGAGCAAAUGGGGGUUCUCCCAUCACUGCCUUCAAGGUCGAAUAUAAGCGGAUGAGGACUAGUGACUGGCUGGUGGCAGCUGAAGAUAUUCCUCCAUCCAAACUCUCUGUGGAAGUUAGGAGUUUAGAGCCAGGUUCAACAUACAAAUUUAGGGUUAUUGCUAUUAACCAUUAUGGUGAAAGUUUUCGGAGUUCUGCAUCUCGUCCUUACCAGGUGGCUGGGUUCCCCAAUCGUUUUUCUAACCGCCCAAUAGCUGGACCUCACAUAGCAUAUACAGAAGCCGUCAGCGACACUCAGAUCAUGCUGAAAUGGACAUACAUUCCAUCAAUUAAUAAUAACACUCCGAUUCAAGGAUUCUAUAUCUAUUACCGGCCAACUGAUAGUGACAAUGACAGUGAUUACAAGAGGGAUAUUGUAGAAGGUUCAAAGCAGUGGCACAUGAUUGGCCAUCUGCAGCCAGAAACUUCCUAUGACAUUAAAAUGCAGUGCUUCAAUGAAGGAGGUGAAAGCGAGUUUAGUAAUGUGAUGAUCUGUGAAACUAAAGUGAAACGUGUUCCUGGGGCUUCUGAAUAUCCUAUCAAAGACUUGAGUACCCCUCCAAAUUCCUCAGGAGGUGGUGGAAAUGUAGGGCCUGCAACCAGCCCUGCCAGAAGGAGUGAUAUGUUGUAUCUGAUCGUGGGCUGUGUGCUAGGUGUCAUGGUCCUCAUUCUCAUGGUUUUCAUUGCAAUGUGCCUGUGGAAGAACCGCCAGCAGAGCACCAUACAGAAAUAUGAUCCACCAGGGUAUCUCUACCAAGGUUCAGAUAUUAAUGGGCAGAUGGUGGAAUAUACCACUCUGCCUGGAACAAACCAGAUAAAUGGAAAUGUUCAUGGAAGCUUCAUAAGCAAUGGGGGUCCCCGCAAUGGCUGUUCCCAUCUCCACCAUAAGGUGCCUAAUGGAGUCAAUGGAAUCAUGAAUGGAGGCCUUUACACUGGGCAUAUGAACUCACUCACCAGGACACAUGUAGAUUUUGAACAUCCUCAUCAUCUGGUAAAUGGCGGUAGAGUUUACACUGCAGUGCCUCAGACAGACCCAUUGGAGUGCAUUAACUGUCGAAACUGUAGAAACAACAACAGGUGUUUCACCAAAACCAGCAGCACUUUCAACAACAGCUCCCUACCCAUGGUCCCAGUAGUAGCACCUUAUCCUCAGGAUGGUUUGGAAAUGAAGCCCCUCAGUCACAUGAAGAUGCCUGUGUGUCUGGCCUCCACAGUCGCCCACUGUGGCCAGUCCCCUAAGGACAGUGUCAAGGAUAAUGUGGCACCAAGACCUGCUGAGCACUCUUGCUAUCAGGACAGUAGUAAUGAGAUCAAUUCUGAGUGCACAGAAGAUACAACAGAAUUUAACAGAGGAGACAGCUGUGUCCAUUCAGAAGCAGAGAACAAACUUUUAAGUUGGAAUCAUCUUAUUUUGCAAUCUGUUUCAACAGACUGUACUGAAAAGACAACUUGGUCUCCUGAUCCUCCUUUAGACAACCCUUCAGAGGUCCUUCACAGCCCCAGGAAACCCGAGGAUGUGCAGACAGUUGUGUCCCACUGCAAGCCAAUAACUGCACAAAACAGGCCUGGAGGUGGACUGUGUGAAGAACAUUAAUUCAAAUCAGAGAAAAUCGUUAUUUAUUUUUUGUAGUAGUGUCAUAUGAAUGUACCCUAAAAUGUGUGUCCUUUUAUAUAAUUUAUGCCUAAAGAUUUUCCUUCCCAACCCUUUUCUUCCCCUUACUAGGGAACAAUCUAGUUUUACAUAGUUUUCAAUUAGAAAAAGCAGUGGGAUCAUUCCAUGUUUUCUGUGGAUCUCAUCGACAGUACGAGCUCCUCCUUAAAGGAUUCACUCUGUUGGGUGAUAAAGCUAAGAGGGGAUUGCCUAGGCUGUUCAGGCUUUCUGAUGGAAAGCUGUCUGUUGUGCUACCAGAGUUUCAGAGAUUAGUGGUUGACAUCAGCCAUAGCUAUAAGCUCAAUUUUAUAACAGCAGAUCUCUUGGGAUUUGGUGAGUACCAGUCUCAGAAGUGAUAGUUGACUUGUUUCACUCUCUGCACAUGAGUACAAGUUAUCUUCCAUCUUCUAGGCACUAAUCAGCAGCCUCAUGGACAGGUCUAGUUGGAGUAUUGCUAUAUGUAGAAAGGGAGCCAAGGCCUUAGAGAAAGAGAAUGUCUUCAAAUCAUAUUAUUUUAAAUUUGCAUUUGUUUAUAAAUGGUGACCUUGGGACUCUUCUUGACUGUUUUUGAGAGUAUGAGUAAAAUAAGAAUUUAAAAUGACAACUCCAAGAAAAAAAUAACUUCUAAGAAGAAAGGGAAGAGUCCCUAAGAGGUCAUCUUAGUAGAAGCUCUCUCCCCUUUGGUAAAAGAAUGUAUUUUGGGGGGCUGGGGAGACAGUAUAGUGGUUAUGCAAAAGAAUUGCAUGCUUGAGGCUCUGAGGUCCCAAGUUCGAUCUCCACCAUCACCAUAAACCAGAGCUGAGCAGUGCUCUUCUUCUUCUUUUUUUUUAGAAAGAUUGUGCUCUUGGUUCCACCACCUGAAAGUCGCCAUUCAUUAAUUUACAACAUGGGCAAUAGUUGGAAUAUGUGAGUUGCAGAAAAGCCUUAAUUUGGAAGGAAAGGAGUAUGGUUUGAAAUUUCCUGAAAUUUUUUCAGAAUGUUGUCAUUGUAAACAGGCACCUAAAUCUUUAGUUAGCAGUGUUCAUAAAUCACAGUUACUGGUGCUUCUGAGUGACAAGAACAUUUGCAGCUGCAUUUGGAAGGCUUUUCUUCUUCAUAUGUAAAGAAAAAAAAGUAAGUGUGUUUAGUAGCUUGAGUCAAGCUUUAAUGGAUCUCUGCUCUUUUUUGGGAUUGUGCAUCCCUUUGGGAAAAGAAACAGAAAAUGAUUCUCUUUUUGUAGAGUCAGAGUUCCAGCAUGGAUGAAAAAAAAUUUACAGUUUCCCAGAAAUUGCACGGAAAUAGAGUAGAAAGCUGUGUUAAUCAGCUCUCUAUAUAAAAUACAUCAGUAUUCCCUUACAUAUGUCUAUAUUUUAUGAAUAAAACUAUUAGUGGAAUAUGCUUUUUAAGCUGGGUUAAUCAUGCAAGAAUUACUUCCAGUAGAAAUUAGUUGCAAUCGGCUGUUAGGGAUGCUAGAGAAUCAAGUUCUACAUUCCAAACGCCCAGGUCCAUAGUAUACUGGACUUAUUCUUUGGGUUACUAAGACUAAGUCAGAUUUGGAAGGGGAUAGAUGUAUCCCUCACUUCUGUGAUUAGUAAAGGGCAAAAUCCUAGUAUGUGGAACAUGAGCACAGAUCCUGUCUUUGCCAAACAAGUUACAGUGUUCCUGUCACAAAGGGAGUUUUAGAAAACUGGGGAGUGACCGUAGGUAGUCAUUUCAAUUCAGGAAACAGAGGUGUAUUAGCAUGAGCCUUAGGUCAUAAACUGCUUUUAAAGAUUGAGUUUCAAUAUGGGAUUUGUUCUCUAGGACGAGAAAAAUGUCUAUGCCUUUGGGGCAAUCUCAUUGUGGACUGCUUUAUUUAUAUGAAUAGUAACGCUGUUUUAAGUGUUAUCUCUAUUGUAUUUUAUUUAUAAAAAUGCCUUUAUAUAUGGAGAUAUAUAAAUAUAUAUAUAUAUAAUUGCCUUUAUGUUAAGGAGUUAUAAGUUCUCCUUAACCAGGAGUCGUUCUGAACUUUUAUAUCCUGCACAGUCACCAGAAGGAACCCUACCCAGUAUCCCUUCACCAAGAAGACAAAGUGCUGUGUGAGAGAUGGCACUAGUAUUUGUGGGAGAGCAGCUGUGUCCUGCACACCAUGCUGUGUGCAUUACUACUGUCUCAUGAACCCACACAACAACUCUGCAAAGUAGAACCAUCAAAGUCCCCAAGUCACAUGGUCAACCACAGAGUUUGAACGCAAUUUAUCUGGAGCUGUAAUCUGAUCUCCUUCUCAUUUUCCAUACUGCUUUCCAGAAGCAUCAUGGCUCCCUCUUGAUAAAACCAGCCCAGUUCUGGAUGCUCUUGCCACCCCUGUGGGCUGUGUGAUUCCUCUGAGGUGCUAACUUACAAAAGGAACUGCCUUCUGUCUUCUGUGCACAGAGCUCUGUGCUUAUUGCUUCACACACAUGUCUCCCCAUCACCCCCUCACCCUGCCCCCAUGCAGGCAUUUGACUUUUGACUGUAAUGAUCCUGUAGUUCCUCAGGUCUCUUCAGGCUCUUUGACCUCUUAGAAAUCUCUGUGAGAUUCUUUGUUUUAGCAUUAAACUUUCCCCUUACUGUUCUGUCAUUUCACACACACACACCCCCCUUAAUUCCCUUCUUUCACUGAUACACUGAGAGUCUGGCAAUACGUGCUGUACAGGAUGUAAGUUAGGCUGUAGUGUUUUGAACCUCUGGAAUAUAUCUUGAUUUUUUUUUUUAUUCUGCCUUCUGAUUUUGGGGAAUGGCUCUACAAAGAUGGACACAUCCAGGUUGGGCUGAUCAUUGUUGCAGAUGUCAUUCCAGCUACAGAACAGUGCGAUGCUCACUUCAUCACUGAGUUCCACUUGUGUUGCUGGCUCCCUUUUCAAGCAAUAGACUUUGAGAUGCAUGUUUUUGUAUCAUAUUGAAAAGUAUAUUUUAUUUUCCUUCAAGUUGUAAUGUUAUGUCUGAAAAUGUACAGAUUUUAAAUAAUGUAGCUUGGACAGGUUUUAUUUGAUUGAUAUGAUUUUAUAUUAAAAAGAAUGCUGCUUUCAUGUGGAGUAGCACAUGAAGAUGA